ACCUCCGGCCUCUCAAGCUGAUCGAUCGAGUCUUAUUCGAACCAACUCAGCUGCUGCUGCUUCGGUUGAUUUGCUGUGAACGCACGUACGCCCACGUAGGCGAGAGAGAGAGAGAGUUGAAUGGACAGCAAGCGGAGCGUGCAGCACGGGCACCACCACCACAACGGCGUCUCCAAGCCGCCGGUGCACCACCACCACCACGGCGGCGGAGGGAGGCGGGGCUGGAGGCCGCAGGGAGGCGGCGGGGGGAGGGGGAUCAAGGUGGUGUACAUCUCCAGCCCCAUGAAGAUCACCGCCAGCGCCGAGGAGUUCCGCGCCGUCGUGCAGGAGCUCACCGGCCGCGACUCCAACGUCGCCGACCACGACCUCGCCACCGACCACGAGGGCGUGCCGUCCUCAUCGUCUACCUCCUCCUCCUCGUCCUACUCAUCCUCGUUCGGGCGCGUCUCCCCGACCGCGGCUGUUGCAGCAGGCGUGCGCGCUCUGUUGCCGACUAUGGCGACGGCGAACGCCGGCCCGGGAAGGGCGGCCGAGUACGCCGGCGGCGUGGCCCCGCCGCCGGCGUUCCAGGGCAUGUACGAUGAAACGGCCGGGACCUUGCUUUACGGGCAGGACUACUGGUAGGAACGCGAUUUCCACCUUUGCGAUUGAUUUCAAAUGCCAUGCCUAUGAAUAUAUGUUGAGGCACAGUCUAGCUACAGGCUACAGCGUGUAUUUCCAUAAGGUUUCUGCGUGCGUGCAUGCUUUUUGUUCUUGGGUUCGUCCAUCGAUUGAUCGAUCACAUCUUGUACUUGCUAUGAACAAUAUGUUAAUGCUGAUGUGUCUAUACAUGUUUUUUCCUUUUUCAAGUUCGAUCUUUCUCUUAUCUUCA